AUGAAAAAUAUAUUAUAUUUUGAAUUAGUUUUUAAUUUAGGUAUAAUAUUAUUAAUAAACUUUAUGUGUCAAGAUAUGACUUCUUUCUAUAUUUAUUUUGAAGCUUCUUUAGCUCCUUUAUUUGUUUUAAUAAGUCUUUAUGGUGCUGGUAAUAGAGAUAAAGCUUCUGAUUAUAUUUUAAUAUAUACUUUAUUUUCUUCAUUAUUUAUGCUAUUAGGUAUAGCAUUAUAUGAAGUUAUAUUAGAUAAUACUGAUUAUCAAGCUACUAGUUUAUUAGUUUUAUCUUUAGAUUUACAAUGUAUUUUAUUUCUUGCUAUUUCUAUAGGUAUAGCUGUUAAAACACCUUUAGCUCCUGUUCAUACUUGA